UGGUCGGCACCUACCGUUGACGUCUCGGACGUUGCCCAGCCUGCUUGUGCGCUGGGCUGUGCCUCCGCGGGUCUGAUCCUGAUCCUGGUCUGACUCUGAUCCGAGCGGUAGUCGUCGUGGUGGUUCUCCACUUAGCCCGCUAGCCGUGACAUUUUUCCUCUGGAUAUAUUGGCUGAAAAGAAACAUAUCAGGGUCCUUUUCAUGAGCAGCACUUUUUCUCCCUUCUCCCUUUUCCUCGUUUUUAUUUUUGUUAUGUUUUUCUUUUUCCUUUAUUUCGGUGUGGAGAGAACAACUUCGCCAUCACAGAGCUGCAACCAGUUAUUUUGAUGGUCUGGGGUCAGACUUUACCCACUGCAGGACACACGCUUUGUGGGUCUAACAAAUCACAGGAAGAAACAUGAGCACAGCCAAGCCCACAGGGAUCAAAGCUCCCAGCAAGAUAGCUAAACCAUCUGGGGCAGCAGCUCCGAAGACCAACCCCAGCACAGCAGGAGCUAAGACUGCUGCGACAGACAAAUCAGCUGCAAGUGCCAGUGGAGAAGAUGCUCAGAGCAGUGGAGAGAACUUCCAGGUUGGGGACCGAGUAUGGGUGAAUGGGAAUAAGCCCGGCUACAUACAGUUUUUGGGAGAGACACAGUUUGCCCCAGGACAAUGGGCAGGGAUUGUUCUAGAUGAGGCAAUCGGGAAAAAUGAUGGUUCAGUCGCAGGGGUACGGUACUUCCAGUGCGAAGCUCUACGAGGAAUAUUUACACGUCCAUCCAAGUUGUCUUUCACAGAAGGUGAGGCUAAUGGAACUCAAACUGCACCACCCUCCCGUGCUGCCUCACCCACUCCCUCAGUCGGUAGUGUGGCCUCGCAUACACCUGCUGCUAAAUCAUCAUUACCCUCAACAACGACGGCCAAGAAGGCCGCCUCGGCGACACCAGCUACGCCCGCUACACCUGCUACACCAGCUACACCAUCCUCCAACCUCGCACGCACAAAUAGUGAAUCUAUUUCCAACCUCUCAGAGACGGGAUCGGUAAAGAAAGGGGAAAGGGAACUGAAGAUGGGUGAUAGAGUAUUGGUUGGUGGUACAAAGGCAGGAGUGGUACGUUUCCUUGGAGAAACAGAUUUUGCCAAAGGCGAGUGGUGUGGAGUGGAACUGGAUGAGCCCUUAGGAAAGAAUGAUGGAGCAGUUGCAGGCACAAGAUAUUUUCAGUGUCAGCCCAGGUAUGGCUUAUUUGCACCAGUGCACAAAGUCACACGCAUUGGGUUCCCCUCCACCACACCAGCCAAAGCAAAAACAACUGUCCGGAAAGUGGUGGCCACGCCGUCAGGGCUUAAGCGCAGCCCUAGUGCCUCUUCCAUCAGUACCAUGAGCUCUGUGACAUCCUCAGUCAGUGCCAAGCCGAGCCGCACAGGCCUGUUAACAGAGACAUCAUCACGCUACAAUCGUAAGAUUUCAGGCACCACAGCACUGCAGGAGGCACUAAAGGAGAAGCAGCAGCAUAUUGAGCAGCUCAUGGCUGAGAGGGACAUGGAGAGAGCUGAAGUCGCCAAGGCCUCGAGCCAUGUGGGAGAGAUGGAGCAAGAAAUUGGCCUGCUCAGAGAUGAUCGGGAGCAGAUGGAGGCAAAGAUGGACCAGUUACGUGCCUUGGUAGAAGCUGCAGACAAAGACAAAGUGGAGCUGGUGAAUCAGCUGGAAGAGGAGCGUAGGAAAGUGGAGGACCUUCAGUUCCGUGUAGAGGAAGCUUGCAUUACCAAAGGAGACCUAGAGACGCAGACCAGACUGGAGCAUGCCCACAUUAAGGAGCUUGAACAGAGCCUGCUCUUUGAAAAGACCAAAGCUGAGAAACUCCAAAGAGAGUUAGAAGACACUAGGGUUGUAACUGUGUCAGAAAAAUCCCGUAUUAUGGAGCUUGAGAAGGACCUUUCACUGAGAAAAAGAGAAGUAGCUGACCUACAGCUUCAUCUUGGGACCCAGCAGGGCUCUGAAGACUCAAACUCUGCUCUUUCUCCUCUACUGGAAGAGAUAACCUCUCUUAGGGAUCAGCUGGCUUCCCAAGAAGCAAAUCAGCAAGAAGAGCUGGUGAAAUAUAAAGAAAAGCUUGAGGCUCAAGAAAAGAACCACACUGAGACAGUUGCCCAAAUUCAGGCUACAUCUGUUAAGAUCUCUGGUGACAAUGAGCAGUUGCAGAUGCGCUUAAGCCAGGCUGAGAAGGAGAAAGCUGAAAGUAUUGAUCAGUGGAGGUCCAAGUUAGAAUCCACUGUUGCCUCUCACCAGCAAACCAUGGAGGAGCUUAAGUUGUCCUUCAGCAAAGGUGCAGGUGCCCAGGCAGAAGAACUUGUAGAAACCAAAAGUGCACUAGAGAGGCUGAAGUUGGAGCACAAGCUGGCUCUAGAAGAGGCUUCAGCCAAACAUGAAGCUGAUGUGUCAGUUUGGAUGCAGGAGAAGCAGGCUCUGAAGGCACAGCAGUCGUCUUUGACUGAAGACAAGGAGCGGCUGGAGGACUCACUGAGGUCUAGUGUUGAAAAAGCAGAGGAGCAGCACCUUGUGGAGAUGGAGGAUGUUCUCGGAAAGUUUCAUGCAACAGAAUUGAGGGUAAAGGAGCUUGAGGACAAAGAAGCAAUGUUGGUACAGCAAGCCCAAGACAAGGAGAGAGAAACCAAAGAGCAGAUGGAAGAAAUUGUGGCUCUGCGCAGCCAGUUAGCACAAGGUAACCAGGAGGCUGAGACCCUGAAAAGUGAGUUAGAGGUUGCACAGAGCCAGGGAAACAGCCAGGAUGUCAAGGCCAGUGAAUUGAGCUCUCAGUUGGAGAGCAGACAACAGGAAGUACUCUCUUUACAGCAGAGUCUAGCCACUGUACAGCAGGAGAAGGGCACCCUGGAACAGGAGCUCGGAGACUUAAAACAAAAGUUGGCUGAAACCUCAGAGCAGAAGACGAGUUCAUCAAAAACUACACAAGAAGCACUUGAGAAGCUCAGUAAGAAGGAAGAGCAGUGUACAUCCCUGACUACAGAAUCAGAGUCUCUAAAAACUCAACUCUCCGGACUGGAAAGGAAGCUGAAGGCUGCUGAUGAAAAGCUUGAGCAGCUUUCAAAGGACAAAAGCAAGCUGAAAAAUGAUAUUUCAGACAUGAUGAAGGCAUCUGGUAAUAGUUCAGUACAACUGACCAAAAUGAAUGAAGACCUCAUGCAGAAAGAAAGGAGGCUUGAGGAGUUGCAGAGUCAGUUAGCAGAGGAGAAGGAGAACGUGGCACACUUGAAUGAAAAAGUCCAACAGGAGCAAUCUCACAAGGAGCAGGAGCUGAAAGAAACCAGAGAUGCACAUCAGACUCAAAUAAGCAGCCUACAGGAGAAGAUGGCUAACUCUGAGAAGACUCUUAAGCAGGGUGAGACUCUUAUUGAGGAGCUAAAGGCCUCACAUGAGAAAUCGAUCUCUGAUGCAUCAGACCUCUAUGCAAAGGAGCUUGAGGUGCUGAACACUCAGGUUGAAAAGUUGAAGCAAGAGCUCACCUCCUCAACGGAUAAAACCCAGUCGCUGGAGAAGUCAGUAUCUGAGCUGCAGCCUUACAAGGAACAAGUUAAGCAUCUUUCUACUGAGCUUGACUCCUCCAAGCAUGACGUUGAACAUUUGAACAAAAAGCUGGAAAACCAGAGUCUAGAUCAUGAAAAAAGGUGUAAGGAGAUUGAGGCUCUUAAGGCUGAGAAAGACAAUCUGAGGAAGCAGCUUUCAGAUUUGCAGAUGAAGCUCUCUGCCCUUGAGCUAAGUCACCAGGAGCUUUCAGUCAAGAAUGAAGAACUGCUGAUAACCAGAGAUAAGCUUUCAAAAACUGAAGCGGAACUGCUCAACAACAAAAAUAAAUCAGAUGAAGAAUACACUUCAUUGACCAAGGAGCUGGAAAGGCUCAGAGAUGGUUUUCAAGAAGCACAAACUGAAAACGAAAAACUGAAACACGUGGAAGGUGAAAACCAGGCCCAAAUGAAGAAGCUUCAAAGCAAGAAUGCAGAGAUGAAAGACUCACUGAUGAAGCACCAACAGGACAUCCAGCAAAGUGAGGCCAAAAAUAGGCAGCUACUUGAGGACUAUGAAAAUUCCUGUAAAGAGAGGACCCGUCUUGAAGAAGAUCUUAGUGAAAGCAAGUCUAAGCUAACAAGUGAGAAGGAUAAUCUAAUUUUAGAGAGAGAUUCUGCUCGAAAUGCAAAGAAGUCCCUUGAUGCAAAGAACGCUCAGUUGCAGGCAAAACUUAAAUCCUUAAACUUAGAAAAAGAAGAUCUAACGAUGAAGAACACCCAGCUGCAGGCCCUCACAGAAGCACUGACAAAAGAGAAAUCCGAGAUGUCCCAUGAAAUCAAUGCUGCUGUGUUGGAUAAAAAGAGCCUUGAAACAGUGAAGGAGGAGCUCCAGAAUAAACUCAGUUUUACAAAGAAAGAUUUAGAAAACUCAAUCCGUGAAUGUGAAGAGCUUAAAGCCUCAAAACUAAGCCUGGCCCAGAUGCUGGAGGAGUCCAAGACAAGCAGUCAGGUGACUGAUUCUGAGAGGCUUCACCUGCGGCAGGAGAAAGAAGACUUACUUGCAAUCCAGAGAAAAGUCUGUAAUGAGAAGGAAGAGCUCCUCAGAGAAAUGGAAGAAUUAAAGGAGAAGCUCCAAGCCACAAAAGAAGAGUUAUCUCAGUCCAGCGUUAAAUUCAAAGAAGCACUUUCAUCCUUUGAGGAAGAGAAGAAAGCAUUUCACCUGCACAAUUCUGAAACAGAGAUGGCCCUUCAUGCUCUCAGAAAAGAAAAGAUGAGUCUGGAUUCAGGACUUGAGCAGCAAAAAAUGGAUUAUGAGCGUUUGGCAGGGGAGAAGGGAGAGCUAGAGGAGAAGCACACAAAAGUCAUGUCUGAGAAAAAUGCUCUGUCUCUCGAGCGUGAUAAGCUAGCAAAUGAGAUCCGGACAAUGAAGGACCAGCUGGACAGUAACUCCAGAGCUAAUGCUGUCUCUGUUCAAGAAAAGUCCAACUUAGCAGCAAUGCUAGAGGAAACCAAACACCAAAAAGAGGAGGUUGAAGCAGAAGUCACCUCUUUGAAGCAAGAAAAGGCAGACCUACAAAAUGAACUGCAGAAACAUAAGGCGGAUAUUCAGAUUCUUGAAAAAGACAAAAUGGAGGUAGUCAAAGAACAAAGUAAGCUGAAAACAGAUCAUGAGAAGUCCAAUUUAGAACUUGUUCAGAAGGUCGAUAACCUGACUAAAGAUUGUGAGCAUCUGCGCUCAUUGCAGACUGACGCUGACAAAAAAGUGCAGUCCUUGCAGAAAGAGAACCAGACACUGCUUCAGGAGGUCCAGGAGCUGAAGAGUCAGACUGAAUCUGUGUCAGAGGCUAAGCUCCUCGUUGAGACCCAGUUACAGGCUGAAUCCAGUGAAAUGAAUAAACUGAUGCUUGAUAAGGAUGAACUUUCCAAACAGAUUGAGGAGCUGCAGAAAAAGUUGUCCAAUGUUAACCAAGAAAAUAAAGAGAUCACUUCUAACCUUAAGAAUGCAAAUGACCAAAAGAAGUCUUUCACCAUAGAUAUGGAGGCAUUGAAAACCCAGCUGAAGCAGCAAGAACAAGACGGCCAUCAGUUGAGAAAAGAUAAAGAGCAGUUAUUGUCUAAACUUGAAGAGAAGGACAAACAGAUGAGCUCCCUGACCACAGAGAGGGAGAACCUCCGAGCUGGACAGUGUAAAUCAGAGCAAGACAUUUCUUCUCUCCGCACAAGCCAAGAAACGUGGCUCUCAGAACAGUCAAGACUUCUUGGAGAGUUAGAGAAGUUGCACGCCAGUCAGAAACAACUUGAGGUUGAUGUCAAGGCUCUGCAAGCGGAUAAAGAACUUUUGGAAAAGCAAUACAAGAAUGCUGUUGCAGAGGUUUCUGCAUCUGCUGUGGUAAAGGAAGAGAUUUCCUCUAGCAUCUCUGAUAUCACAGCUCAGAAGGAUGCCCUGCAGGCGGAGAGAGAUGAAGCCACCCAGCAAGUCAAGCAGCUUGAAACCCAACUCAAAAAUGCGAUUUCUAAGCAGCUUGAGGCUUCAGAGGCCUCUGGCAAGACUGCUGAGGCUCUUGAACAGCUGACAAAAGAGAAAACUAGUUUGAUGCAUGAGAAAACUGAAGCCCAAUCGUUGCUGAAGGAGCUCCAGAGCUCCAAGCAGGAGGUGGAGACUCAGCUAAAAAAAUUGAAGGAGGAAAAUUCCAAGUACCAAGAAGAUCUGAAUGUAUCAAAAGAGCAGCUUUGCACAGAAACUCAGAGGACUAAGACUCUGAACCAGGAAAUUGGGGAGCUUAAAGAAGCAGUUUCUUUGAAGACACAGUCCCUGCAGAUGCUGCAAGAUGAGAACACCAAGCUGUCUAAGGAGCUCGACAGUAAACACAAAGGCCAGAGUGAUGUUGUCAAGCUCAAAGAUGAGCACUCCAAACUUAAAAAACAACUGAAAGAGAUAAAGCAAAGUGAGAGCAACUUGAAGGAUCAGUUUGACAAGGAGAAGACCGCCCUCCAGCAGUCCAUCCAUAAAAACAGUGCCUUAGUUUCAGAGAAGGACCAGCAGGUGGAAAACCUGAAGAGUGAGCUGACUGCACUGCGUGGAGAAAGUGCCGCAGUUAAAACACUGCAGGGUACAAUCCAGGCCUUGGAAAGGGACAAGGCUGAUCUACAGGAGCAAGUUCAGAGACUGGAGAAAGACUCAGGGCCUGACACCAUUAACAAGUCCUCUGGUGACGCAGUUGUGGACCAGCUAAGAGAAGAUAAAGUGACGGCAGAGAGUCAGGCAGCGAUUGAGUUCCUCAAUUCAGUCAUCGUUGACCUCCAGAGGAAGAACGAGGAGCUGAAGGACAAACUGGAGAAAAUGGCCGCCUCUGCUCUCAAUGGCAAUAAUCCAAGUGAGCUAGAUAAUUAUGACAGCAAUGACAAAGAACCCUUAAAAAAGAAGCUCCCCCCACGGCUGUUCUGCGACAUCUGCGACUGCUUCGACCUCCACGACACAGAGGACUGCCCCACACAAACUCAGAUGCCCGACUCCCCUCCACACACCACCUACCACGGCAGCAAGGGUGAGGAACGGCCCUACUGCGACAUCUGUGAGGCUUUUGGCCACUGGACUGACUCCUGUAAUGACGAUCAGACAUUCUGAAGUCUUUUUUUACCCACCCUCGCUCGCACAAUCAAUAUAUUUGCACAACAUACUUCCAUCAUGCCGUGCUCUUCGGGUUUUGGUUUGUUUGUGUGCGUUUGGUGUGCUUGUUUUUGCCAAGCAUCUUUAUCGUCCAUGCCAGUCCUGAAGCACUCUUAUAGGAGAACCUUCUCCUCACUAUCUCUUUCCAAGACAAACUAAUAAACAGUUAACAAUCUGUAUUUGUUAUUGUACAUGACUUUGGAGGAAAUGUGUUUGAUAUCCUGGGUUUGUGUGAGUGGUGGAGUACUGUCGGUUGAUGUGUCAUUGUGGGAGAAGCAAUUGUCUUUCUCAUAUCUUUUAAUUUAUCAUAACCUAACAUUGUUUGCACAGCUUGUUGGGAGACUACAUAGAAAAGAAAGUAUCAUAAAAGGUGUUUAUUUCAAACUGUAAAUGAAUUGAGUGAAAAACAGUUUGUGCAAAAAAGGGUAAGCUAUAGUUUAUUUUUUUAAGCCUGGAAAUAUUAUGUACUCUUACAAGGUUUGAUAGUAUGUGUGUCAUUUUUUGAGGGGUAACGAGGGGAAUGAAACCCAGGGCUAUUUGGCUUUAAGAGGAACUUUUUUUAUUGUCUCCUUGAAGUAAGUGCUGGAUGAUUGGUGAGAAUUGAAGCACUUCACACUUUGUGUAACCCCUCAGUUCCAGUGAAAGGGCCUUUCUGAAAAGUUUCUUUGCAAUCAAAAAACAGUUUAUGUAAGAAACGAUUGAAUAUUAAGGCAUUUCUUUAAAAAAUGUUUUGAAUAUCUGUAUAAAAAUAAAGGAAUUUAUGUAUAAAUUAACGUCAAA